AUGGAGCGUAGCAGUGUACUGUUGUUUUCCGUAACAGUUACUCUAUUGAUAUCAGCAGUUUGUGCUGUACAUCUGCAUUUGACCAAAUACAAUGAAGCUGAAGCAAAAGUACUCGUCAAUUUAGCAGCCGCAGCCUAUUCGAAUAUGCCUGAAACAUGCGUUAAUAACACAUUGCCAUCAGACGACCACUGGUAUAUGGUGAGUGAGGCGAACACUGUUUGUGAUACGCACGAAAGCAGUUGCGCAGGAUAUACGUUGAGAUCGGACAAGUUGAGACAAAUUAUCGUUGUAUUCCGUGGCACUAAAACCAAGAAACAACUCUUGCUGGAGGGUUGGAAAUCACUCAAACCCGGUCAUGACUUCUUCGGGGUCAAUCGUUACUUCUUCCACGCUCUGGAUGCAAUUUGGCCGAAUGUUCUGCCAACAUUGAAAGAUCCGAACUUUAAGAGUUAUGCAGUGACAUUCACGGGGCAUUCAUUGGGUGGUGCAUUGGCGGCGUUAGCUGCCAUACGAACGGUGCUGGAAGAGCUGCGAAGGUCAGACGAGAUAAAAUUGAUAACGUUUGGAGAGCCUCGUGUUGGAGAUAAAUCGUUUUCGAAUAAAUUCGACGAGCUGGUGCCAUACAGUUUCCGUGUGGUUCAUCGAGCCGACAUAGUGCCUCACUUGCCUGCGUGUCGGAAAGGAGAAGAUGAGACUCCGGAUGAUGAUGACGAUAGCAGACCGUGUUUGGGAGAUGGCCUCGGAAAGGCUUAUCAUCAUGGUACUGAAAUUUGGUAG